CCACAACCGAUGCAUUAGUUGAGAAUUCAUUUUUUCUGUGUAGAUCCCCCUUAUUCUCCUGCCAAGAGUACCAGGUUUUCAUUCUUCAUUGAUCAUGGAGAAUCAACAAUUCCUCUUCCAAUUCCUCUUCCAACCAGUGUAACACUACUUAGUACUCAAUACCCAUCCAACAGAUCGCAAUGAUGUAUCGGCCACUCUUGUUCUGUGUCGUUUUCCUCUCAAGCAUUUUUUCCCUUAUCCACGCCCACUCGGCAGUUCCGGGAGCUAGUCUCAACAAUUGUCAGAAUCUGGAAAGGCUCAAUCGCACCCUCCACCACGUCUCCCCGAUCCUUGAAAGACUCUCUCAUAUUAGUGCAGAAAAUGGCAAGGAAGCGGCGCCCGCCCUAAACGGAACUAUCGGCGCCACCCAUAAAAGAGGGCUUAGCGAUAAACUCCAACAAAUCCAAUCCGCAGAGGCGUUGGUCAAGCAAUCCAAGGACAAAGUCUUGGGCAAGAUGACGACCUGCCAAGAGCCCAACUUGGGCGCAAACAAUGUAUUGCAAAGUACUAGGCGGGAUGACGAAGAAAAGUGUACACUUGACGAAGUAUUGGAAGAACUAUUGGACGAGGUAACGGAUGCGCUGGAGUGUCUGUUGUCGGUUACAUUUCCGUUGUUGGGAGGUGUAGUGGAUUUGGUGUCCAAUUUGCUAGGUGGAAUUGUGAACUUGGUUGGCGAAUUGCUUGACCUUGAUUAACUAAUUGGGGAACGGCCAUAGGGACACGGUCCAGGCUACAUUGGUGGGCAGCCGGACGGGACGGGUAUCCAUGUAUAUUAUAUAUUUCCAGUUGCGGGGCGGACACGACGUUAUAUGCAUAAUUCAGUGUGUCAAGAAUUAUACACUGUAACAUAUUCUAUGGGCCAGUUGAUUGCGACAGCGCAUAAUAAUCGAAAAUGAGAUUUGCAUUGUGGUGUGACUGAAACGCUCAU